UGAUUUUUCGGGACCCACUUUUCGUCACUACAUAACAUCUUGACCGCCCAUCAAGGAUCGAUCGCAGACACACGUGGGACGUGAUCAACGACUUCUGAGUCUUUCAAAUCCCAAACUAUGCUGACUUACCAAAAAGAAUCAAUCUGUGCUGCUGUUCAUGGGAUGGGAUCUCUGACUGCAACAUGAUUAAAAAACAAUAGUCCAGCAAAUUUGCUCAGGGUAACAGAAAUGCACCAGUUAUGGUAGCUGGUGCAGGUGCAUAUUUUCAUUGAGGUUUCGAGGUGGAGUUUUCAGGUAUUCCAGGCUGAAUAACUGGUAAAAACUGUUUGGAAUGGAGUUGUCGUUGAUCUCUGGAGUGCGGAAUCCAUCUCUGCUUUCGUUUACUUCUUCUUGCUCAUCUGUGGGUAGAGGUGUCAGUUUCGAUUCGAAGUUGAGUGAGGUGCAUGUGAGGAAGAAGAGAAGCUUCGAUGGUGUUAGGGUCUCGGGUCUGUGCGUGAGGGCCUCGGGGGAGGGGAGUAGUAGUGAUAGGAUUGAUGCGUCACGGGAGGGAGAAAGCAGAGGAUUUGCAGGGCCUACCAUGGAGGUCACGACCUUUAAUCAGAGAUUUGAAGAAGCAGAUUUCGCGGUUUGGGACAAAUUGGGUGCUGUUGUGAGGCUCAGCUAUGGAAUUGGCAUAUACAGUGCAAUGGCUCUAGCAGGAAGAUUCAUCUGCUCAAUCACUGGAAUUGAUUGUACUGGAGGUUUUCAUCCAUCACUAGAUGCCAUUUUAGAAGGACUUGGCUAUGCGGCUCCUCCAAUUAUGGCUCUUCUCUUUAUACUAGAUGAUGAAGUUGUAAAAUUAUCACCUCAUGCUCGUGCCAUCAGAGACGUGGAGGAUGAGGAGUUACGGAGCUUCUUUUAUGGGAUGUCACCAUGGCAGUUUAUACUCAUUGUUGCCGCAAGCUCAGUGGGGGAGGAGCUUUUCUACCGUGCUGCUGUUCAGGGAGCACUGGCUGACAUUUUCCUAAGGAGCACUGACCUGGUAACAGAUGCUCGAGGAAUUGCAUCUUUGACUGGUGUUCUUCCUCCAUUUGUUCCAUUUGCCCAAGCAUUUGCAGCUGUGAUUACGGCUGCACUUACAGGAUCACUGUAUUAUGUUGCUGCUUCCCCUAAAGAUCCUACUUAUGUAGUAGCACCAGUUUUACGAUCUCACUCUCAUCGUGAAGAUCUGAAAAAGCUCUUUGCAGCAUGGUAUGAAAGGAGGCAAAUGAAAAAGAUCUACUCCCCCCUCCUGGAAGGUAUUUUGGCCCUCUACCUUGGGUUUGAAUGGAUCCAGACAAAUAACAUUCUAGCUCCCAUAAUCACACAUGGAAUAUACUCUGCGGUCAUAUUGGGUCAUGGCCUUUGGAAGAUUCAUGAUCAUAGGCGAAGACUGCGUCAGAGAAUCCAACAGAUUAGAUUAGAAGGAAGGAAUUCAGACAAGUUUUAAAAGCUAGGGACUAGGCAAUAUAACAAGGCACUUCCCCCUUCAAGUUGAGACGACUGAGAGGAGACUUUGGCUGCUAAGGAGGAAUUUUGUACAUUGUUUGCAGAGCCUGAUUAUUGUUCAUAUGGAUGUAAAAUGAAACACAUUGUAAACGAGCACUAUACCAUUUUGGAAAUCUUGAUAUGUUAACAAAAUGGUAUACCAGUUAUAGAAGGGCUGAUGGGGACAUUGAAUCCCUUGUUCAUAAUCUGUCAUUUUCUUUCUUUUUUUUUUAAUUUUUUUAUCAGGAACUGAUAAGCUAGGAAUCUAGCACCUUGUUUGUCAGCUCUUUAUCUUAAAAAUUGAGCACAUUUUGGCA